AAUUAAAAAAAAAUUGAUGAACUACUAGCAGUCAGCAGACUAUGCAAACAAAUUGGCAUUUUCUCACCAAAAAUCCAUAAAGCGGGAAUUCUAUUGAUCUUCAUCUUGUUUCUCCAUAAUCUUCCCAUGCUUAUAAAAUUGGACCAACAUUAAUGGCAGUGAUUACAUUAUUAGCUCGUCAUCUCCCCAUUAAUCUCACUUCAUCAGAUACGCCAGAUGGAAGAAAAUGCAAGUACACUGGUCAAUCUGUGAGAGCUAUUCCAAUUAGGGUUUUAACAGUGGGGAAAAAACGGUCUCGUGGAGUACAGCUAAUUGUUGAUGAAUAUAAAGAUAAACUCCAGAAUUAUUGUAGUGUUGAUGAUGUCUUAGUCCGUUCUAAUCCGAAAAAUGCACGGGAUGUCAAGGCUCAGAUUGAAGAGGAAGACUUUGCUGUUGUAAACCUCAUCAAGUCUAAUGAUUGGGUUGUGAUCUUGGAUGAGCAUGGACUGGAUGUAGGCUCAGAGAGGUUGGCUGAGCUUAUUGGAGAUGCAGGGUUGACGGGAGCUUCAAGGAUGACCUUUUGCAUAGGUGGACCAUAUGGGCAUGGGAUACAAUUACAACAACGUGCUAAUCUAUCAAUAAAGCUAUCAUCUUUGGUCUUAAAUCACCAGAUUGCUUUAGUUGUACUUAUGGAGCAGCUAUACAGUCUUACAGAAUUUUAUAUGUUCAGAGCAUGGACUAUUCUUAAAGGCCAGAAGUAUCAUCACUAAGAAUCUGUCUUCACCUUGAUGUCUUGGCAGAUCUCUCCUGCUAUCUUGAUAUUUUCCGGGUACACUCGACAUAGGUCUGUACUCGACCAAUGUCCGCAGAACGUGGUCUUGGGACAUGGUAUGAAGGCAUGCUGGAGGCAGAAGCACUUGAUGUGGGGAAAUCUGUAGUGUAUAGAAAAUGCAAUGUUCUAUUGCAAGUGGGCAACUCUGAGGAUUUUCUGGUUUCAGUGAACUGUGAAGUGAUAAUGGUGCAGAAGAAAGGGUCUUUUCUGAAUGCUUCGGAAUCUGCUGUCUCUGGAAAAAUAUAUAUAUAUAUAUAUAUAUAUAAAAUGUUCAUACAAGCUCUUCAAUAGUCUAUUAAUGAAGAUAAUUUCAUUUUCUAGUCAUUUAGAAAGCAACAAAAACUUGAGUGAGAUGUCUACUGAUUGUCUCCUGGUGAGGAUUGUAGAUUGGGCAAUGAAAAUUAUUUUUUGCUACAGAUUCUAAAUGUGUUGCUAACCUCCUGCAUGAGCAUGGCCUCUCCAGAACCUAAUCUUUAGAAGGAUACUGUAUUCACACUGUCACACUGUCACACUGUCAGACGUUCCCUGCAAACAAAUUGGGAGUAGUUUGGAGUAAAGAACAACUCAUUUUAAUUUAUUGGAACUUGUUAGAAUAUUAUUUGUACUUAUUCACAUUCUUAUGCAACUUUAAUCUCUUUGUAAAUUAUGAAGAUCUCUAUCUUAACUUAUUGGAACUUAUUGAUAUUA